AUGGCUGCCGAACUUAAGGAUCUCAUCGGUCGUCGGGGAGUUAUGAAAAGGCAAAUCAUUGCUUUUCAAAAAUUCUUUGACAGCGGCAACUUCACAGAUGCAUCAACAAGAAUGGAACUAAGUAUGCGAACCACGAGACUUGAAGCUUCCUACGGGGACUUCCUCGCUGGUCAAACUCAGAUAGAGUUAUUGGAUUGCCGUGAAGAGCAGCUGGCAGAACGCUCAGCUGUAGAAACAGCCUACUACGCAGCAAUAUCACCGGCUAUGGUUCUUCUUGAGGCAGCUCAAACAAAUCUAAGGAGAGCAAGCCAAACCUCGAGCAUCCAAGGCGCAGCAGAGUACACAAGACUGCCCAACACUGAAUCAGCCAUCAGACUACCGCCAAUCUCUUUGCCGGAAUUUGACGGUGACUACAAAAAGUGGCUGAAUUACCGGGACACAUUUGAUUCAUUCGUCCAUGGGCACAAGGACCUCUCGGACAUUCAGAAAUUGCACUAUCUCAAAUCCUCGUUGCGUAAUGAAGCGGCACAAGUCAUCGAAUCGUUGGAGACAACAGCUGCGAACUAUUUACCCGCCUGGGAGCAGCUGCGAGAGCGAUAUGACAACCAUCGUAAAAUGGUCGGAGGGCACAUCCACGCACUAUGCAGCAUGCCAUCAAUAACGAAGGUUUCAUCGGCCAGUUUGAGAAGUCACCAAAACGGCAUAAAUAGUCACCUGCGAGCGUUGACGGCCCUCAAACUUCCGGUAGAACAUUGGGAUGCCAUAAUCAUCCACCUAAUGGUAGAAAAAUUAGACGUCGAAUCCCACCGUUUAUGGGAAAGUAGCCGUUCCAGCGCCUCCCUUCCUUCAAUACAGGAAUAUCUGUCAUUCCUGAAUCAGCGGUGUCUAACCCUAGAGUCCAUUGAGACAAGAUCUAACUAUGCCAAGGUUGCACUGCCAAGCCCAUAUGCCACCAACAACAAACAAUUAGCACCGAAAAAGCGAUCUUACACCACCGCCUUUGCAGCUACUGACAAAUCAGUUUCAUCAUGCACGUUAUGCAACGGCCAGCAUGCGCUGUACGCUUGCCAAGGAUUUUUGGGAAUUCCCGCCAGCGAGCGAAGAGAACACGUGAGAUCGAAACGGCUGUGUUACAACUGCCUCCGCCCGGACCAUAUGUCAAGACAAUUACAGCAGACCGCGGUGCUCCUAUCAACCGCCGUCGUACUUGUCUCCAGCCCUUGGGGUACAACCCAUUCAGCACGCUCAUUACUCGAUUCCGGCUCACAAUGCCACUUUAUAACGUCACUUUUGGUCAAACGCCUGGGUUUGCAAGGGAGAAAUUCUUCAACGUCAAUUAUCGGAAUAACGCAGUCAAAUUAUCAAUCUACACGCAGUGUCCUAUGCCAGAUUAAAUCCAGGGUCAGCACCUUUUGUACAACCCUAGAGUUCAUCGUAAUCCCAAAAAUUAUUGGAGAAUUACCAGUUCGGUCUCCUACAAACUCAAUACAAAUACCCGGGGACAUACAACUAGCUGAUCCUGGUUUUUGGACACCCGGUAGUGUGGAAAUGCUACUUGGAGCUGAAAUCUUCUACCAAUUAAUUCGUCCUGGCCAGGUCAAACAAAGGUCAAAUCCACCAUUGUUAUUUCAGAAUACUUUGCUUGGCUGGAUAGCAUCAGGAAACAUCAGCCAAUCUAAUGCCGAGGAAUCAACGGCUACUGCGGCAAUGGCCCUUGCCACCGAUAAUUUGGAUCAAACCAUUCAGAGUUUUUGGGAACGGGAAGAAGUAAAUCCAGUGCAUAAACUUACUGGAAUCGAGUCACGAUGCGAAGAAACGUAUAAAACACAUACAAGGCGCAACGCAGACUGGCGCUACACAGUGCCACUACUGGUUGACUACGAAAAAUUGAACUGUAUCGGUGACACGCGGGGUAUGGCUAAAAAACGAUUCUACAUAAUGGAAAGACGUAUGCAGUGCAACCCUAAACUACACAAGGAAUAUGUCCACUUCAUGCGGGAGUACAUUAACCUUGGUCAUAUGAAGGAGGACCCUACAUCAGGCCAGGCGCAUCCACAGGAGGUAUUCCUGCCGCACCAUAGCGUCAUCAAGGCUGACAGCAAAACAACGAAGCUCCGAGUGGUGUUCGAUGGAUCCGCAAGAGGUACCAAAGGUUCAUCUCUAAACAACGCAUUAUUGGUGGGACCAAAGGUACAGGACGAUCUCUUUGCAAUCACUGCUCGGUUCAGGAUUCACCGGUAUGUCUUCACCGGGGACAUGGAAAAAAUGUAUCGACAAAUAAAAAUAAUGAAAUCACAGACUCACCUUCAAAGGAUAUUUUGGAGGGAGAGUCCGGAACAACCUUUAAAGGUCUUUACAUUGCAAACGGUUACUUACGGCACUUCCUCAGCCUCUUACUUGGCCACUCGAAUCCUCGCUCAGCUUGCUCAGGAUGAUGGUUUCAAGUUCCCAUUAGCAGCCACAGCCGUCAGCAAGGAUUUUUAUGUGGAUGACGUGCUGACCGGCGCUGAUACAUUGGCAGAAGCUUUGGAACUACGAGAUCAAUUGAUUCAAUUAUGUGAUGGCGGCAAGUUUAAACUCCGCAAGUGGUGCGCAAACCAUCCUUCCCUGCUGAAAAACCUCCCUCCGGAGGAUCUCGGAGAAAUUCAUAAGUUCACUCACGAACGAAACAGCAGCUCGACAAAAACAUUGGGCACGUAUUGGCAACCCCGUGACGAUGAAAUACAUUACACUAUGAGACUGUUCAAUGACACCAACACAUGGACAAAGCAUAGGAUGGUGUCUGAAAUGGCCAGAUUAUUCGACCCUCUAGGGCUCAUAGGGCCAGUGGUGGUUCAAGCAAAAAUUCUUGAAAUACGAAUACCCCGUCGAAUAAUCCAAGUGAGUGAACCCACAGAUCUUCAAUUACACAUAUUCUGCGAUGCAUCUGAAGCCGCAUAUGGAGCCUGUGUCUACAUUAGAAGCAAGGGCAGAGAUAAUGUCAUCAGCUGUGAACUGUUAUGCUCACGAUCCCGUGUAGCACCACUUAAGGUCACCACCAUACCACGCCACCCCAUUAUACUCAAUGCCGAUGAUCCACUCACAAGGCUGCUAGUCGAUUACGAGCAUCGACGAUUGAUGCACGCUGGACCCCAACACCUAUUGGCUUCACUCCAGCGGCGAUAUUGGAUAUUCGGUGGACGAAAUGCAGUGCGUCUUCACACGCACAAGUGUAUGAAAUGCUACAGAUGGAAAAUCAAGGCAGCGACUCAGUUGAUGGGAUCUUUGCCAGCCGCCAGGGUGAACCCAUCUCCAGCAUUUCAUGUCACAGGCUUAGAUUACGCUGGUCCAAUAUCCAUAAGGCAUGGAGGAACAAGGAGCAGGGUCCUCACCAAGGCGUACGUGGCACUUUUCGUUUGCUUCAGCACUCGUGCUAUUCACCUAGAACUGGUAUCAGACCUCACUAGCUUGACAUUCCUUGCGGCACUGCGCAGAUUCAUAUCUCGCAGAGGAAGGCCUAUUCAAAUCCAUUCCGACAAUGGGACAAAUUUUAUCGGAGCCAACAGAUUAUUGGGUGAGUUCCUAAACAAUAAUUCUAUUAGGAAGGGGAUAUUAGAAUACUCACACCAAGAAGGGAUAGACUGGCGAUUUAUUCCCCCUCAUGCCCCCCAUUUUGGAGGCCUGUGGGAAGCCGGAGUUAAAUCAACAAAAUAUCAUCUACGAAGAUGCAUCGGAGACAGUAUACUUAAUUUCGAGGAGCUACACACAGUGCUAGUGCAAAUUGAAGCGGUGCUAAAUUCAAGGCCCGUGAUGGCAGUUUCCGAUGAUCCUGACUGCCUGGAGGCAUUAACCCCGGGGCACUUUCUAAUUGGACGUCCGUUAACGACUUUCCCAGAGCCAACCCUGCUCGAUGAACCGACAAUAAGUUGUCCAAGACGAAGAUGGGAUCUGGUUCAAAGAAUGUUUCAGCAAUUUUGGCUGCGCUGGCGCCGUGACUAUGUUAACUCUCUUCAGCAACGACCCAAAUGGUCAAGGCCCAUGGCUAAUUUCAAAAUAGGAGAUUUGGUUAUACUAAAGGAGGACAACCAAUCACCCCUGGACUGGCACUUAGGUAGGAUCAUUCAGCUACAUCAGGGAGCUGAUGGACUAGUCCGAGUGGCUACUGUCAAAACAAGGGGCAGCACUAUGAAGCAGCCAAUUACGAAACUGGCAAUGCUACCUAUCCAACAUGAACCUUAG